GGUUGCUAAGAGACCGGGCUUCCACAAACCCAACAGAGGUUCUCCCGCUUCUUUCUCUUUCUAGCUUACCUUCAGCGUCUGUAAACACGGUCACCAUGUCGGACCCCGAAGUUGAGACCUUGAAAAGCACCUUUCCCUCUUAUAUGGCGGAGGGCGAUCGGCUCUAUCUAUGCGGGGAAUUCUCUAAAGCCGCCCAGAGCUUCAGCAACGCUCUUCAUCUUCAAGAUGGAGAUAAGAACUGCCUGGUUGCCCGAUCCAAGUGCUUCCUAAAGAUGGGAGACUUGGAGAAAUCCCUGAAGGAUGCUGAGGCUUCACUCCAGAGCGACCCGACUUUCUGCAAGGGGAUUUUACAAAAGGCUGAGACACUGUACACCAUGGGAGACUUUGAGUUUGCCUUGGUGUUCUAUCAUCGUGGUUACAAAUUGAGGCCUGAUCGAGAAUUCAAAGUUGGAAUUCAGAAAGCCCAGGAAGCCAUCAACAACUCAGUGGGAAGUCCUUCUUCAAUUAAGCUGGAGAACAAAGGGGACCUCUCUUUCUUAAGCAAGCAGGCCGAGAGUAUGAAAGCCAAGCAGAAGCCUCAACCCAUGAAGCCACUCUUAUACAACACCAAGAUAGAAUCCAAACGGAAGGGCUCGCUCAAGAGCAACAAGACUGUCCGCCAACUGCUGGGGGAGCUCUACGUGGACAAGGAGUAUCUGGAGAAGCUCCUGUUGGAUGAAGACCUCGUCAAAGGGACCAUCAAGAGUGGCCUGACCGUGGAGGACCUCAUCAUGACAGGCAUCAACUAUCUGGACACCCGCUGCAACUUCUGGAGGCAGCAGAAGCCAAUCUAUGCCAGGGAGCGAGACCGAAAGCUGAUGCAGGAGAAAUGGCUACGGGAUCGCAAACGCCAUCCCUCACAGACAGCCCGCUACAUCCUCAAGAGCAUGGAGGACAUUGACAUGUUGCUCACCAGUGGCAGUGCUGAAGGGAGUCUUCAAAAAGCAGAGAAAGUACUGAAGAAGGUACUGGAAUGGAACAAAGAAGAGGUGCCCAACAAGGAUGAACUGGUUGGGAACUUGUACAGCUGCAUAGGGAAUGCCCAGAUUGAGCUGGGGCAGAUGGUGGCAGCCCUGCAGAGUCAUAGAAAGGACCUGGAGAUCGCCAAGGAAUAUAACCUUCCUGAUGCAAAAUCAAGAGCCCUUGACAACAUCGGCAGGGUUUUUGCCAGAGUUGGGAAGUUCCAGCAAGCCAUUGACACGUGGGAGGAGAAGAUCCCUCUGGCCAAAACAACCCUGGAGAAGACCUGGCUGUUUCAUGAGAUUGGCCGCUGUUAUUUGGAGCUGGACCAGGCCUGGGAGGCCCAGAAUUACGGUGAGAAGUCUCAACAGUACGCUGAGGAGGAAGGGGACAUCGAGUGGCAGCUGAACGCCAGUGUUCUGGUGGCACAGGCACAAGUGAAGCUGAGAGACUUUGAGUCAGCUGUGAACAAUUUUGAGAAGGCCCUGGAAAAAGCGAAGCUGGUCCAUAACAACGAGGCGCAGAGGGCCAUCAUCAGUGCCUUGGACGAUGCCAACAAAGGCAUCACUGAAGAGCUAAAGAAAACUAACUACCGGGAAAUGCUGAAAGAAAAGACAGAGAAAGAAAGCAAUGCAUCAGUUGAUUUGUCAACAGUGACAUUGAAGGAGAAGGAAUUGAAAAGAGGGCGAGAUGAACCUGAGAAGUUGAUGAAGCAGUGGUCAAGUGAUCGAAUUGAGAGUGAUAAAGACACAGACUAUGAGGAUUUAAAGGACGUUCUGCAGAGAGUGGAAGUAGAAAAAGCUAGAACAGACUCCAUAGAACUUAACAAAAAACAGUCAGGAGAGAGCAAGAUACUACCAGAAGUGGGCAAGAGUGAGUCCAGGGAAAUUUUCAGGAGGCCUUCAGAAGAAUUAGACUACGGACUCUCAGGAGAAUUAAGCAAAAACGACACAAAAGGACUAGAGAAGAGACUUCCAGAAGUAGGCAGAGAAGAAACAGAAAAACUAGGAAAAGCAAGAGAAAUAGAAGAAAUAGAAAAGGAAUAUGAAUGAAGUCUUCUUUUAGCAGGCUUCAGGAUCCAAGGUUGGUGUUCAUGUGGGUUGUGAAGA